AUGGAACACCAGCACUAUGUUCAGCCACAAUGUUUCCAAAUCAGAGCAACCAGAGAUAUACACAAUAAAGAGGUUGAAGAAACAGGCCAGAAUCUCAUUCCCAGUGGACUUUUAGAAAUACCUGUCUUGGAAUCUUUCACCUGUACGAUCAGACUCAAAGAGAUUCCAGUGAUGAGCACAUUUCAAACAGCAGCAAUGAACACUGUCAAAAUAUCGUGCAUUUUAUUCAUUCUAAAAGUAACACAGUGCAUUGACGGACAAAUUCCAGACGCAAAUUGGCCGUUGGGAUACAACUACAUCCGCAGGAGUCCAUAUGAAGCAAAAGGACUAGUAAGGCAUCUGGCCUCUCUUUAUGCACAACCGCAAAUUACUAAAAGAAGACUCGAUAGGUUCAGAUUUUUCCAUAAAGGGCUUGGGAAGAGAUCGCCAGGCUCAGCUGUUGUAAAUACAAAAAUUAUGGCUGGUAAUCAAGACAACUCAAACAUUUUUGCCGACAUGAGAAAAGUGUUAGAUGAAGCGAGCAAAUUCCACAUUCCAAGACCCUAUGAUCAACAAUAUCUUUUUGAAACCAACCCAAACAUGUUCUUGAAAAAUACAAGAGCAUUUAGAAGAUUGUUGGGGAUGAAUUAUUUGUACAACAAACGGGCGCCAGAAAUUUUCUCCGAAAAUCUUUAUCCUUUGCAGUCUGGUAAACAAAAGUUAGAGGCAACCUUGGAUCAGACAUUAGACAAUAAUGAGGAAAGCUACGAUAACGGGAUUGAUUAUGAUGAUAAUGGAGACGACGCUGUAGAAAAUAUUCCCAUCAAACCGGAAAUGAUGGAUGACAUAACUCGUGACAAGAUGGCAACAAAAACUCCUUUCGAUUUGAUUUUUGCUACCCCUGAUGUAAAAACUGACACCAAGCUACCUAAUAAACUUGAAAUCGGCGACCAUGAAGAAGCGAACAUAAAUGAUGGACAAAGAUCUAAAAGAUGGUGGGCUGCAAAUAUGUUUAGAAAAUUUCGUUCUCCAAAGUCAUGGAAUCAUGGAGUAAAACACGCUCAACAUGCCGAUCCAGCACUUUAUUUCGUUGGACUUGGAAGAUAAAAUAGCAUAAUGUAUAGAUUACAAAAAUUGUUUUUGUUGUUGAUUUUGACUCAACCAAACCGGGUACGCUUUCAUUUUGCUUGGCUGCGUUCUAUGCUUCGAGAAAAUCGUCUUAAAGAAUUUAUUUUGUUUUAACCACAGAUACUUGAAACAUUAAAGUAUCGCCCUAUAUGAUCACUAACAUUACAUUAUUUGUAAUAACAGAAGAAAUUGCAUUAAAACAUAAAUGCAACAAAAAAUUGUAUGUAUCGCUUUUAUAAAUAAGAAAUGUUAAUGGUAAAUAAACGUUUUAGAAUUUUAUCAGCUAAUGCAAAAACAAGUAUUUUGCGAAUUCAAGCAUCUCCCAAUUGAUGGACUAAGUUUGAUAAAUAGUACCUACUUAUGCUCUAUUUUGUAAAUCAACUUAUAAUUUAUUUAGAUAGUAUUUUUGUAAGAAACUUAAUACCUGGCAUUGUUUAUAUUUAUCUUGUCAAUAGUAAGAAUAAGAAUAUAUGUUAUUCUCGGCUGAAUGCACUGGGGUAUUUGUUUUAUCUUAGCCCGUCCACUUAGCUCAAUAGGGAGAGCUCAGAUCUACGGGAAGUUGGCAGUUACAUACGGAUAACAGGUUUUACUGGUGCAGAAUCCAGGAACCCUGGUUAGGUUAACUGCUCGCCAUUACAUAACUGAAAUAAUGUUGAAAAACGGCGUUAAACCCAAAACAUUUUUUUUUAUCUUAAUGAUUUAAUAAUACACACAAUGCAAUAUGUUACGCAGAUACUUCAGAUUGAAAUAAAGAAGAUAACAUAAGAAUGUUCGCACCAGUUGGAUUAUGAUGUGUAAAUAUCCUUCGUUUGGUUUUAGGCUUAACAAAUGUAACGACAGAAUUGUGAUAUAAGGAAAACAUAAUAAGCAUCCGUAAAAUGUAUGUUAUUAAACUUGAAGAUGCCUAAAUAAUACAUUAUACUGGCGAGAUAUUUUUAAUGACUGAAUAUAAUGUUACAAUAUCAAUUUGACAAUAUUAUAUAUGUGUUUUUCUACGAUUGUCUUUUUCACAAGAAGAUACACGGUUGAAUAAAACCAUAUUCUUUGAGACUUA